AUACUGACUGACUGAAACCAUAACCGACCUAACAAACAAAGACACACAAGGGUAUAUAUACACACUGGCUGAUCAGACCAUAUGAACAAUAGGGAUUACUAGACAAACAUUUACUAACUAAAACUAAAACCACAAAUCAGUACAGUCAGAUUGUUAAUAAACCUAAACAUCCUAACCCAUAAACCUAACUAUUUAACUUCAAACUUAAAUUAAUUAACAAAUGACAAAAUAAUAAACUAAAGGAAAUUCUUCAGUCCCCUCUUCAGGGAGCUAUUGGUUUGGUCCCAUCAGCUCCUCCUGUAUUUAGCUGACAGAACCCCUUCAACCCUGUUUGCCUGUCCCAUCUCAGGAAGCAGGAAGUGGAGAACCUCAGCACCGGAAUGGACAACCAGGAUCAGGUGUCUGUAAGAAUGGGACUCCUGUCCAGGUUGUCCCACAUGAUGCCCUCUGGGAGACGCAGAGUUGGCCAGUCAGAGUCACAAGUCAGAUGCAGUGAGAGUCAAUGUCUCUUGGGUCAACGGAACAUGAACAACUCCAACAACAACGAUGGCAAGAAAGAUGAGAAAAAAGAUGAGAAGAAAGACGAAAAGAAAGAUGAGAAGAAAGAUGACAAGAAAAAGGAUGAUAAAAAGGAAGAACCGAAGGAGGUAUGGAUCAUGGACCCAGCCACAGAUCUGUACUACUACUGGCUAUUCACCAUGGCUAUCCCAGUGUUUUACAACCUGAUGUUACUGGUGGCCAGAGCGUGUUUCAAUGAACUGCAGUCUACAUAUUCAACAUUAUGGAUGGUCUUAGACCACACUUCAGACGUCAUCUACUACAUUGACAUCUUUGUAAGAGCCAGGACGGGUUUUCUGGAGCAAGGACUACUUGUGAAGGAUGCAAAGGUCCUGAAAGAAAAGUACACGAAGACGCGUCAGUUCAAACUAGACAUCUUAUCCAUCAUUCCUACAGACAUCGUGUUCCUUCAGAUUGGAAUCAACAACCCGGAGUGGAGAUUCAACCGGCUCUUUAGGCUAGGCCGACUCUUUGAGUUCUUUGAUCGGACGGAAACUCGAACUAACUUCCCAAACAUCUUCCGUAUUGCUAAUCUCGUACUCUACAUCAUCAUCAUCAUACACUGGAACGCCUGCCUUUACUUUGCCAUCUCCAAGGUGCUUGGCUUUGGCUCAGACACAUGGGUGUACCCAGGUAUGAAGAAUCCUGUGAAUGCUCAGCUCACCAGACAGUACAUCUACAGUUUCUACUGGUCUACUCUGACCUUGACCACUAUCGGUGAGACGCCCCCUCCAGUCAGAGACAUAGAAUACUUUUUUGUGGUGGCCGACUUUCUCACUGGAGUUCUGAUCUUUGCUACGAUUGUGGGCAAUGUUGGAGCCAUGAUUUCCAAUAUGAAUGCUGAACGUGUGGAAUUUCAGGCAAAGAUUGACUCAAUCAAGCAGUACAUGCAGUUUCGCAAGGUUACCAAAGACCUGGAGGCGAGAGUGGUGAAGUGGUUCGACUAUUUGUGGACAGAAGGGAAAAACUGUGAUGAGAAGCAGGUGUUGAAGAAUCUUCCAGACAAACUGAAAGCUGAGAUAGCCAUUAACGUUCAUCUGGAGACCCUCCAAAAAGUUCGCAUCUUUCAGGACUGUGAAGCCGGUUUACUUGUUGAGUUAGUCUUGAAGCUUCAGCCUCAGGUCUUCAGCCCUGGUGACUACAUCUGUAAGAAGGGGGACAUUGGAAGAGAGAUGUAUAUAAUCAAAGAAGGAAAGCUGGCUGUUGUAGCAGAUGAUGGGAUUACCCAGUUUGUUGUCCUCAGUGAUGGUGCAUACUUUGGAGAAAUCAGCAUCCUCGGAAUCAAGGGUAGUAAAGCAGGAAACAGAAGGACAGCCAACAUCCGAAGUGUCGGCUACUCUGAUUUGUUCGCCCUAUCCAAAGAUGACCUAAUGGAGGUACUCGUCGAGUAUCCUGAGGCCAAAACUGCCCUGGAGGAUAAGGGGAGAGCCAUUCUGAUGAAAGACAACCUGAUAGACGAGUCACUGGUUGCUGCUGUUGAUGCUAAAGAUCUGGAGAACAAAGUCUCUCAGAUUGAACACAGUGUGGAGGUGAUGUCCACCAAAUUUAAAAAGCUAGCAAACCAGUACGAAUCCUCUCAGCGUAAACUCAAACAGCGGCUCUGCAACCUAUCAAACGAGGUCAGCUCCCUCAGAGUUGAUGAGUGAUGUUUACCUCAUCGGUCGGACCGCAAACCUUUUCUACUUAUACGGACCAUGAUCAGAGCUGAACAUCACUUUUUGUUCCCAGACCCACAAUAAAAUAACAAGGUUGCUUUGUAUGUGGUCUAUUAUUUCACCCCAAUAUUUUCAUAAAGAGGUUGUGAUGAGUUCAUGAGGGCAAUGUGCAUCAAUGACCAACGACAUCACCUAUACGACA